AUGACCCCCGUGACGUCACAAAGCCCGCGGGUAGAGAACGCGGCCCUUCCUCCUCAGCUCCCCCUCUGGCGGCCUCCCCCCGUUCCUCGCCGGUCCGCUCCCGACCCCUCCCUGUCGGCUUGCUCCGGGCUCCACGCCCGCCUUCCUUGUACCCACCCACCCGGCCGCCGCGCAGCCAAUAGGAAGGCGAGAAGGGUCGGGGCCGCCCGGCAAGGUGCCAGAGCAGGGCCGGGGUUGGGGAUAGGGCGGGGGCUGGGGCCCGAGUACCCGGGACCUGCGCCUCGGGCUGCGGGGAGGAGAAGGCGCGGGAGCCGACGCCGGAGCCGCUGUGGGAGCCGGAGCCGCCCCUGUCGUCCUCCAACUGCUGCUCCCCAAGGAGGAGCCGACUCCCCGGACGUGCCCGGAAUCCCGGUCAGAAGUUCCAGCCUGCCCUUGUACUCCGAUGCCAUGCCGGCACCGACUCAGCUGCUUUUCCCCCUGAUCCGUAACUGUGAGCUCAGCCGUAUCUGUGGCACUGCAUGCUACUGCCACCACUCGCACCUGUGCUGCUCCCCCCCUCCCUUCCCUCUCAGCCGCCUGAGAUACACCCCUCAGAAGGCAUUCUCGACUUUCUGCCGGCCAAAGGAUCACUUCUGGCAGUAUACUCACACGAGGAGGUAUGCUACCACCCCUCAGAGAUUUUACCUCACGCCUCCGCAAGUCAACAGCAUCCUGAAAGCCAACGAGUACAGCUUUAAGGUACCUGAGUUUGAUGGCAAAAAUGUAAGUUCUGUUCUCGGAUUUGACAGCAAUCAGCUGCCUGCCAAUGCUCCCAUCGAGGACCGCCGGAGUGCAGCGACUUGCUUGCAGACCAGGGGGAUGCUUUUGGGGGUGUUUGAUGGCCAUGCAGGGUGUGCCUGCUCUCAGGCAGUCAGUGAAAGGCUUUUUUACUACAUCGCCGUCUCUUUGUUGCCUCAUGAGACUUUGUUAGAGAUAGAGAAUGCUGUGGAGAGUGGCCGAGCCCUUCUGCCCAUCCUGCAGUGGCACAAGCACCCCAAUGAUUAUUUCAGUAGAGAGGCGUCCAAACUUUAUUUCAACAGCUUGAGGACUUAUUGGCAGGAGCUCAUAGACCUGAACACUGGGGAAACCACUGAUGUCAAGGAGGCUUUGAUUAAUGCUUUCAAGAGGCUUGAUAAUGACAUCUCUCUAGAAGCUCAAGUAGGGGAUCCCAACUCUUUCCUCAACUACCUGGUGCUUCGAGUGGCCUUCUCGGGGGCCACUGCUUGUGUGGCCCACGUGGAUGGGGUUGACCUGCAUGUGGCCAACACCGGGGACAGCCGGGCUAUGCUGGGGGUACAGGAAGAAGAUGGCUCAUGGUCGGCAGUCACCCUUUCCAAUGACCACAAUGCACAGAACGAAAGUGAAGUGGAAAGACUGAAAUUAGAGCACCCCAAGGCCGAGGCCAAAAGCGUUGUGAAGCAGGACCGGUUACUGGGUUUGCUGAUGCCUUUCCGGGCAUUUGGAGAUGUCAAGUUCAAGUGGAGCAUUGAACUUCAGAAGAGGGUGAUAGAAUCAGGCCCAGAUCAGUUGAAUGAUAAUGAGUAUACCAAGUUUAUCCCCCCCAAUUAUUAUACCCCUCCAUAUCUCACUGCUGAGCCAGAAGUAAUAUACCACAGGUUAAGGCCACAGGAUAAGUUUCUGGUGCUGGCGACCGAUGGUCUGUGGGAGACCAUGCACAGGCAGGAUGUGGUUAAAAUAGUAGGCGAGUACCUAACUGGAGUUCAUCAACAAAGUCCUAUCUCCGUCGGAGGUUACAAGGUGACUCUGGGGCAGAUGCAUGGUCUCUUGGCAGAAAGGAGAGCCAAGAUCUCCUCUGCAUUCGAAGAUCAAAAUGCAGCCACCCAUCUCAUUCGGCAUGCUGUUGGCAAUAAUGAGUUUGGGGCUGUUGAUCACGACCGCCUCUCCAAAAUGCUCAGUCUUCCCGAAGAGCUUGCUCGGAUGUAUAGGGAUGACAUCACAAUUAUUGUCGUCCAGUUUAAUUCUCAUGUGGUGGGAGCAUAUCAAAACCAGGAACAGUGAGUGACUAAAAAAUUAAGGCGAUUACAGAAUGAAAAUAGCAAGUUUGAAGGGUGAAGAUAAAAAAAAAACCUGACUUGAGAAAUCCUUCCAGUGGGUCAGCCCAUCAAAUCAAGCAUUUACUCAUUUAAAAUCCUAGCUGAUGCAGGUGUGUUUCUAGAAUUGGGGAGAAUGUCAGGAAAGGGCUAGUAAGCUGACUUCUCUAAAAGUCUGAAAAAAAAAAUGUCGCCUUAGCUUUGACCAGACAUGGCCUCCAGUUGUUAAGGAAAACACACUUGGAGACCUAGCAAGUUCUCAUUACAAGUAUCCUCUAGGGAGGAAAGGCUAAAUUUUACCAGUCUUUGAAAAUAGGCAUGACCUCAGGAUAGGACCUUGACUAGGCAGAGUGAAAAGGAAUUCGCUGGAUCUAUGUUUACUGCAGAAAGGGAGCAUAAUGUUACUCAUUUGCAACCUGAUUUUCUUUAAGAAAAAUACCUGCUCCCCCAAUGAGCAAAACUGUUGCCGAAAUUGCACACUUCCCCCAUAUGUUUAUGUUUACAUGUUCAUAUAGCUCUCUCCAUUUAAAUGUGUUAAGCUGUAAGUUAGCAAAACUCAAGCAAUUCAAAUGCAUUCAACCAAUUUGGUUUAUGACAUUUAAAUGAAGUGCUGCUUUUGGGGAAAAUGUAACCAAACUUUGUUCCCUUUCUGUUCCACCUACCCUCCCCCCAAUAUCAGCUUCCUGUUGGAAGUUAAACGUCUCUAUUCUUACAAUAAUUUUAAGAAAACAAAAUUUUUGGUUCUCUCAUUUGUUACUGAUAAUAAACAAGGAAAAAAGCAUUGCGUUUCACUGGUAUGAUGUGACAGGCUUAGCUGACAAGCUUAAAUGAAUAAGAGACUUUUCGACUUUUGUGAAAGAUGUUUGUUUUUUUUUUUUUUUUAAGACCAAGAAAGGGAAAACUGACAUGCUCAAGAGCUUAAUGCCUCUCUGAGUUUAUUUUACAUCAGUGUUCCUUAUGAAAUGAUCUCCAGCUAUGGCAUGCUAUCAGAGUGGGGAUAGGCCGUUGUUUACCAUAAGACCACCAUUUUAAAAUUGUGCAUGUUCUCCAAAAAUUGUUACCAACUUUGUAUUUCAAACAUGCCAAGUAUAUGGCAAGUUAGAAAAGGUAGUGUGGGGAUGGGGACAUUUCAAUAUCGCCAUAUAGAAUUUUCCCCUCCUCCCCUGAAAACACAGGUCAGAAUGUAAACAUCCUCAGUUUAAACAUUGCUAAGUGCUUUAUACGUACUCUGGCUUGUAAAUAGGAAUAUAAAGAAAGAUAGAGAUGAAAAACCUAAUGGAGGUAAUUAUUGUGUAUGCCUGAUAAUUAAUAUUGAUCACAGCAUCAUCACCCACGGCCAUUUUCUACACCUAUGUCCCCAGGUGAUUUCAUUUCUGCUGACCAUAGAAGGAAAGGAAUACAAUCCCAAUGCAGAGAAAUACAUUUGUGGUGGCACAUUGGAGCUUAUUUAAUGUGUAUCAUUGGACAUUUCACUAUUGGAUUUACUUGUAAACUGUCGAUUUAUUUUCUCCAGUCUAGUGUCGGUGAAAAGACUAGCCAUGACUACAUUUGAUUUGCAGGUAGAUUUUGGAUAUAAUCUGUUCCCAGCUUUCUGACAUGCAAUUAGAUGGGCAUAUUUAGUGAUAGAAUAAAAAUUGGACCAGAUGUGCAAGGAUUCUUUCUGGGCUUUCAGCAGUCAGGCAACUUGUGGACUGCUAAAUUUCAUUUUGCCAGAAACUCACCCAAAAGGCUAAUAGCCCAGAAUAACUUGCUAUUUGAUUUCUGGGUAUGUUACACACAUUUAGUACUCAGUGCUGUGAAAAGAGAAUCACUAAUGCAUUGUACUGUAGAAAUGGAGUUACAUCAACUGUUCUGAAUAAAACCACUGAAUAUCUAGUCAAAUCUCUGACGUUUGUGUAUAGCCCAAUGCUAUGUAAAUGUGGCUUCCCAUUGUCCUAACCAAGAUGGUGGCACUUCCAUUAUUAAAGACAAUCAUAUAUUGGUCUUCAAUUUGAAAGCUCAGUUCAUUUUCCCACAGAAGACAAAAACCACAGUUUGGAUUUUUUGACAGCUUUAGAAAUGAGAUAAAUUGGGUGUAGUUAGAGUGUAACACCAUCCAAAGCAACUGUGAUCUUUUAAUUUGUUGUCUCUGUGUUAUUCUUUAUGCAGAACUAAAAUUCUUGUGUAGAUAAAAAGGCUUGUAUCUUUCCUGUUGCCUUGUCUCAUGUGUAAAGUAUGGAAUGUAUGUAAGCUGUUAAAGUAUUUAGCCUUUCUUAAAUUUUUCUACUGUUUAAACUUUCUAGCAGCAUAUGCACUUAACUACUGUAUUUAUAUCCAAUCAGUGGUUCAUUAUAGUAUUUAUAUUAAAAAAAAAGUCCUUAAUGAGUUAAAAAGGGAUCCUGGUACUAUAACAGUACUCAAUAGGAAAACAACAGCAACAACUUUGUUUCAUAACUGUACAGGGAUAUAUUAAAGUGUUUAUGACUUGGAGAAAUGUUGUUAGAAAUGUCUGGAGUGAAUUAAAGCAUUGUAACUGCUUUCCAAA